GGAGUACAGACUGUAACUGCUCCUCACUGCGUUACCCAGUAAUGCGCUGAGCGGGGAAGCGGGGGCGGGGGGGGCAGAGGGAGCGAGAGAGCCUGCGAGCGAGGGAGCGAGAGAGGGAGCGAGCGAGCGAGCGCGAGCGGCCGCGGAGGCUCGGGACCCGGCUGGCCGCGCGGCGCCGCAGCCGCCCCCUCCCCCACGCACCCCCCCGCCCCCAGCGGCGGCGCGAGCGGGCGGCGGCUGUGCGGUGCGGUGCAGAGCGGAGGCGGAGGCGGGCGCGCGGGCAGCUCGCGGGCACCCGGCCGGGCGGGCGCGGGAGCGGGAAAGGGUGCGCUAUGCCUUUAACGCCCGCGUACAGUAGACAUGUAUAGUGGAGUGUAGGGAAACUCUAGGCGGGGUUAAAGUUCAGCUCAUGGAGCGGCAAUCGCGCUGGCUGGCUGGCUGCAGUUGAGCCGAGUUGGAAAUGUGAACGCAAGAAGCAGGCUUGAUUUUUUUUCUCCCCCCUUCUCUCUCUCUCUCUUCCUCUCUCCCUCUUUCUCCUUUCUCACCCGCACUCACGCACACCUCCAAACCGCACACCCAGACGCACACGCACACCCCACCGCCCGGCAGUUAUGUAUUCUCCGCUCUGUCUCACCCAGGAUGAAUUUCAUCCUUUCAUUGAAGCACUUCUGCCCCACGUCCGAGCCUUCGCCUACACAUGGUUCAACCUGCAGGCCCGAAAACGAAAAUACUUCAAAAAACAUGAAAAGCGUAUGUCAAAAGAAGAAGAGAGAGCCGUGAAGGAUGAGUUGCUAAGCGAAAAACCAGAGGUCAAGCAGAAGUGGGCAUCUCGACUUCUGGCCAAGUUAAGGAAAGAUAUCCGACCUGAGUACCGAGAGGAUUUUGUUCUUACAGUUACGGGGAAAAAGCCUCCAUGUUGUGUUCUUUCCAACCCAGACCAGAAAGGCAAGAUGCGAAGAAUUGACUGCCUUCGCCAGGCAGAUAAAGUCUGGAGGUUGGACCUUGUUAUGGUGAUUUUAUUUAAAGGUAUUCCGCUCGAAAGUACUGAUGGCGAGCGCCUUGUAAAGUCCCCACAGUGCUCGAAUCCAGGGCUCUGUGUGCAGCCCCAUCACAUAGGGGUUUCUGUUAAGGAACUCGAUUUAUAUUUGGCAUACUUUGUGCAUGCAGCAGCAACCCUGCGAAGCAGUGCUAUCAUCAUCCCCAUUUUACAGAGAAGAAAACUGAGCCAAAGAGAGGAGGGAAGCGGUUUGAUAUAUGAGAAGCAUGGUCUUUGGAGUCAAGAAGAUCUGAGUGGGAGCUGUGCUUUGUGACCUUAGACAAGUUAGUUAGUCUUUCCAAGGUCUAGUUGGCUGUCUAUAAAAUAAUAGCAGUAGGGUUGGUAGGAGGAUUAAAUAAGACAUUGCAUGGAAGGUCUAGAGCACGUAAUAGGUGGCUUGCUAUUAUUGUAUUAACAGAGCUGCCCUGGUUUUUCUUCCCAUUGUUCAUUUUCAUAAAAUACAUAUUAAGUUUUAUGAUUGAAUAUGAUGUAAAAUUUUUAAUAAACAUGUCUAGAGUCGAAGAUUUAAGACUUUAAAAAGGGCUCCGAUAUGAUUGGUUUCUUGGUGAUUAGUAGUGGACAGUGGAAAGCUACUUAUUUUAUGAGAUGUUUAGGAGAAAGUACUAAAUGAGGUUUAUAAUGAUAACAGCCCCUUUAAUUAGACGACCAGAUAAAGAAGUCAUUCCCAAUGCUGUCCAGGAAGGGGGUGGAUUUCCUGCUACAUUGGAGUAGCCGUGGGUAAAGGACUCCAAAGCAUUCCUGAAUUAAGAGAGCUUGGAAACUAAAAAAACGCAAGUAUUUCUUUUCUUUUCAGAAAUUGACAUACUGCAUUCUAAUGAUAUUAAGUAAAAGUUGUUUUUUCAGGAGAAAAUAGCUCUCUCUUGAGAGAGUUGCAUUGUCUAUCAAAUUUACAUAUUUGAUUUUGGAGAAACUGAAACCUGUUUAUUCUAUACAAGUAGUUAUUUGUGUCCAGAUUCGCUCUUCUGGAAUCCAUCAUUAAUCAGUUAUGGUUAAAUAGUUUUCUCUCCCCCAGAAGGUUUUUGUAUGUUAGUCAUUUUUUUUUAAAUUUAUUUUUCCAUAUAAUCUCUUUGAGAGCAAGAAUCAGGGAACCUUCAAAGUAGAGAGUGUAGUAUGUACCUAGGCUCAAAUUUAAUGUCUUUAUUUUUAAGUACUUCUAUUAUAAAAAGUAAUAUGAGCUUAUUAUAGAUCAUUUGGAAAAUAUAGAAAAAUAGAAGGAAGAGAAAUCCAUCAGCUAAAAACAGUUAUCAUUAACACCUUGAUGUAUUUCCUUCCAGAUCUUUUUCUAUUUGUACAGAGCACUAUGGUAGAUACUCAUGAUUAUAAAUAUAUAUGUAAGAACCUCAAAGACCUUCUCAUGCUGAGGCCAGGUGUUGUUGGACAGAAACUGAUGGUAGCCAGGCAAAGUGUAUAGACAUGAUAAUAAGGAUGACAGAAUCACAGGGAAGGAUAGACUACCUUUGGUUUCCUCAGCCCAGGGCUCCCUCCUCUCUGCCGGGGGAAAUGCGGUUUCUCCUGUGGAAUAAGAUUGUAGAGGGAAGGUGGGCAAACUCAAAAGAAAUCUACUGUUUGCCCCUGUGGCAGGUAACAAGGGCAAGAAAACAACCCAGUUGUGCUGUGUUGUGGUGUUCCUGUAUUCAGAAAAAAAGAUUAGUUUGCACAAGUCCAAGUUUUGAAUGUAGUUUUUCCCCCUGAACAUUUCUCUUUAGGGCUUAAGUUAUUAUCAUUAACUUUAAAUGUGGAGGGGGGGCACAUAAACAUGAGAGAAUUGAGAAUUGGUAGCACAUACAAAUUUUUGCAACAUCUAUCACAGUCCUGAAUCAUGAAAAACUAUUUUUUUUUUUAUUGAAUUCUGUCGUUAUUUAUAGAUGCUUUCUACUUUGGCCCAAGCAUCUCUGGCUUUUAUCCUGCUGAAUCAUACCUUAUUCUGUUACAUAUGUGUGUGUGUACAUGGAUGUGUAUGUGUGUAUAUAUAUAUAUAUAUAUAUAUAUAUAUAUCCAUUAUUGUACAAAGACUGGAAGAAUGGAUACAGCAUUGGGAAAUGUGCAAGAUUUCCAAAGAUUGUAUUAAGAAAUGAUUUUAUUAUAAUCCUUCCUGAUUGGACACCUCAAACCUGUUAUUCUCAUCUGCAAAGUGAACGUUGUUAUUCCUUUUCCCUGGGCUUCUUGUCUCCAUCUGCAUGCAUUGCUCAGGUGGACUUCUUUACUGAAGGGAAGAGCAUAAUAUUCUUCUAGUUUGCCUAGCUCUUUGGCAUUUAAACAAGCUAGAGAGAUGCAUAAAUUUAGCAAAGGAUCGGGGCCAAAGUGAUGGCUGAACUGGCAUCAUUUCACAUUUUUCAUGCUCUGUAUUUAUAGCAAUAAAUUUCAAGCAAGGAAAUAAAUUGCAAGGAGUAUGCUGUAUUAGGAAGGAAGUUUGUACACUUUUGUGGCUUAUUGGUAUCUUAGUAUAACCUUCUUCCCACUUCCCUGGUUGAGUGAACUGAAACGGAUAAGUUCAGGAACUUUUUGGUUGUUCAUGUGUCUGGCUGGUUAAGUGAUAGGUUUUUUUUUUUUUUCCUCUUCACUAAACUGGGCUCCCAGAAUUAUUGUGCUUGGUUAUUUGUGACUUUCUUUUAAGAAACUUACCCCAUAACACACACACACAUGCACACACGCACACUCACACUCACAAUCCCUCUCUCUCUCCCAUCCUAGAGCCUGAAGAUAUCCUCUCCUGAAUGCUGCCUCCAUACUUAGAACAUUCUAGGGCUUUGCAGUAAAUUGCAUAUGUUAACUUAAAAAACAAACAGUACCCAUUUUUUGAUGAGAAGCCUACAGUGGUACAAUAAAAUUGUGUUUCCCAGUCAUUGAGAAGCUUUAAUAAUAUUGAGAAAAUUUUGGUUGCAUGAUUGUCUCGCUCUUUGAAUCAGCGGUUAGUUACAGUUUAGAAUAAAUUGCCAAGGGGCAUCCAGCUGGCUCAGUUGAUAGAGCGUGUGACUCGAUCUUGGGUUUGUGAGUUCAAGCCCCACGGUGGGUGUAGAGAUUACUUAAAAAUAAAAUCUUUUUUUUUUUUAAAGAAGAAAUUGCCAAAUUACUAUUUAUUUAACAGCAAUAAUAUUUAAAUGAUGAUAAAUAGUAACAGCUUAUUUUUUAAAAUAAAGAUACCAAGCUAAAUGCUUUCAUGAUGAAUGAUCUCAUGUAAUUUGCUCAACAACCUUUGAAGUCUUAUUACCAUUAUUCCCAUUUUACAAAUGAAGAAACCCAAUUUUUUUUUUAGAGGAAGAGAGACCGUGCGAGCAGGGGUUGCAGUGAGGAGCAGAGGGAGAGGGAAGAGACUCCUAAGCAGGCUCCAUACCCAGCGUGGGGCCCAACACAGGUUUCGAUCUCCCAACCCUGACAUCAUGACCUGAGCCGAAAUCAAGAGUCAGACGCUUAACCCUCUGAGCUACCCCGGCGCCCCAAAUCCAAUUUUUUGAGAGCCUAAAUUAAUUUCUUUUAGAAUGUAGGUCAUAAAUAUCUAGAAUAAGUAAGUGACACCAGGAAAUAUUCCCCUCAACUAAGCAUGUUUUCCCCCACUUAUUCCAUCAGGUAGAGAUUUUUGGAAAAGGGGCCUGUUUUUUUUAAAAAGAGAAAGCCCCAGUGGGGAUUUUAGUCCUUGUUAAUCAUACACACUUAGGGUGUGAAUUUGAAUGAGCAAAUUGGACUGUUGGAUAUCUUGUAGGAGAAUGGGUGUUGGUUGUGAGAGACUUAAAGGAGGGGUGAUGGUUUUAACAUAGGAGUUUGUUUUCAAAAGUGGGACACCUAAGGGCACAAGGUGAGGUAGAACAUCCAACACAGACUCCACCUACUGCUAACACUUCACCUUUUACCCCAGUGAAAAUUUUUUUAUCUGUCGCCUUUGAGACACACACACCAAAGCUUCUUGUCCUAUAGAGCUGCCAAAUAAAUUACAUUUCCUUCAAGGACAGUGAAAUACUAGUCUAAAAGGAUGUUUUAGAUUUAGAAAGCAUGAUUUUUGAAUUCUCAGUGUUUCAUACCCAGUGUGGACUGUGAAACCUGUGAGAGGAACUGAAUUGUCCUCAUCUCUAUGUCCUGAGUGCCUGAGACUGCGUCUAACACGUAACGUGGUAAGGAUCUAAUACAGCUUUUUGAGUACAUGAAUGAGUGAAGGAAUGAAUGAACAAAAUUUAUAGUUUUCUUAUUUCAUCUACUAAGCAUCUGCCUGUCGUGUUACAGAACGUAGUUUUAUAUAACAUUCGAGAGAAGGUAUGUAACAUAGCUUUUGUUAACAAUAUCCAUUCAUAUAUAUUGCGAUUGUCCCUAUUGUUAAAGGAGAACUUUGUAGCUUGGUUCAUGAAAGAAAAUUCACAAUUCCGUAGAGUUGGGACCACACCUUCAGACACAGACACUCCAUUCAGACUUGCAGACCCCCACCCUGCUCAGUGCCUGGGUCGCAGCCCAGACUGAGGUUGGGCAGUGGGAAGACUGAAGCCGUGUGGUUAAGCCACUUGGGAUAAUUGAAAGUCGACCAUACUUAUUUUCAAUUUGGCAGCUGCAUUAGCUUUUUCCUCAAGUGUGCAGUUUUCCCUGGCUGUCUUCACACUGUGGCCCACUCACCAUUGGUGACCUGGCAGAGGCUGGGGAGGCUCGCCAUGGCUCUUCCCUGAUGGUUUCCCCCAUUCCAGUAUUUUCCCUGACUUUGCCAUGCUCUCUGGUAUCGGAGAGUUAGAUCAGUUUCAGUGAGUGCAAAAGAAGGUAAAGAUAGACAAAAAUCAAGAAAGCAUAACCUCGAGAAUAACAAUAAUGAAAUUUUAAAUUUAACAUGGUGUGAGUGUGGCUGUAUGCAGAUAUUUAUUGCAUGUCAGAAUGCUUCUGGUUCCUCCAGCCAUUUCACAUAUUUUGAUGCAGACCCUUAGAAAUUUCAGGUGGUCAGUUGAUAUUUGAGUCCACUCAGGUGUCAGCUCCGAUGCUCCAGACUCAGAGACCAUUUUAGUUAGAGGCCCAGCCUGCCUGCCUCAGACUACGUGUGAAUGUGUCAAUGUCAACAGGAGAGAAAGGUUGUGAAGAUAGGUGUUCACGUGGGACAGACUGCAAAUCCAGACCUCCAAGGAUGAGCUGGUGUACAUAACCUUGUUCAUAAUGGGCCUGUGGUUUUUUUUUUCCUUUUUCCAUUUCCAUCUCAAGUUGAUGAUGUGUCAUUUAAAUCUUCACUGUCACCUGGGCAUUGUUUUCUACCCACACUGAACCUGAGUCAGAAGGACCUCAGCUCUGUGGUGAUCUUAUCUUACUGUUUUCCUUGGAUAAAAUGCCCUUGAUACCAAAUAACUGUAUGCUGAAUAUUUAUUAUUGCUAGAGUAUAGUUUCUUGGAAGGGACAUCAGGGUUUCCUAAAGGGGCUGUAAAAUCCACUUUUCCCUUUAGCAUUUACCAACAACUUCGCAAUUUGGGUGGCUUGAAAUAUGGUCAGAGUGCACAUUGCUCAACUUCUCGCAGCUGCCCCUGCCCUUUCACACUGCACACGGAUGAUGUCCCCCGCCCCCGCCAGUCAAACAGUGUAAGGCCUGCUGACGCAUCAGGCAUGGGUAGGGCUCUGAUUAGAUGUUUCACGACUCGAGCAGGGAAGGAUGUAGGCUGGAAAAGUAAGAAUCAGACUACUGACCUGCCUGACUUAGAAGAUAGCACCACUGCAUUUCGUUGGAAAUAUGGGAGUUUGGAGGUGCUCCCAAUCAAACCUCAGCCUGCAGGUGGUCUGCCAUGAUUGGGCUUUUUUCUUCCAGGUGUGUGGAGGGCAUCAUUUCGUGACUCCACCUGGGCCUAGUGGACAGGUGAUUAAAGGAUAAAAAUUUGUGGAUGGCAUCAGAGAGAGAGAAUUCUACCUCGUGGUCAGAAGUGGGGCUCUCUCCUGUAUUCUACUAGAGUUGAUCAGGAUAUUUCUUGCUGGAAGUUGCUUUUCCGGUUUGGAUUGAACCACUUGAGUUAAAUGGAGCCCCACCCUUAGCUUUGCAAGUAAAAAAAAAAAAAAAUCCUGGAAAGUAAGAGUUAUGCUAAUAUCUUGUGUAGGAUCUCAGAUGGGAAUCGGGACCAGGAGCCAGGGAGUGGUGUGUGGCUGAUGGAAGUUAGAAGUUGGGCUAAUAAUAAGUUCCAUUUGCAUCUCAGUUAACAGCUUACAAACUGGCUCACAUAUCUUAUCUGAGCAUUAUAAUUGCUCACUGAGGAAAAUAAGCUGUUAUUAGUAUUUUUACCAUUUUUACCGUUACCAUUAUCACCAGCGUCAUAUUCCAUUUUACAGGUGAUAAAAUUGAGGCUCUGAGAAUUUAAGAGAUUACUGCUGAAUCUGGGCAUAUGACAUGAUCUCUGUCCCCAGAUCCCGCAUUGUCACCCGUGACAACUUAGUGUUGCUAAGCCUAGCUUUCUGGGGACUUCCCUGUCUUUUAUUAUCUCAUAUUUGACAUUCUAGCAGAGCUGAAGAAGUUUUAUAAAUGCGUAUUUUAUUUAAUACUUCAGGAAAUGGCACCCAAGUUAUAUACUUUGCUUGCUAAAAUCAGCACAUUUGUGAAAUCGGCCUAAACUCCUAUAAACUUUCUUAGCUCCUUAAGAUUUAACUUCUAUAUUAUUAUCAUAAAGUUUGCAAAGCACUGCAAAUAUUAAGAGACAUACUUUUCCUCUUUCCUAACACUGGAUAGUACUAUGACAUGUCUGGAGUCUUCAGCAGAAGACACGGCCUGCAGUGAUAAAUUUAUUAAAAUUCAGUGUUUUUCAGUGAGUAAAUUUGUUUAAAAAUUGAGAAAAAUUGUAUCUAGACAGAAUUUGUAGCAUUGCUUUAAAAUGUGUUUUUACUGAAGAGAAUUACAAAGUACGUUUGAUAGAUUCUUCCACAUUGCCAAACUUCUAAAAAUGAUUUUACUGUUAUUUGAGGUAUGAAAUCUUUUCUAUCACAUACGAAUGUUUCCGUUAUUUGUAACACAGCUGGGAAAUUCUAAUGGGGCCAUGUCCCUGCAACUAAUGAUUGUGCAAUGCUAUAAAUUUUUGAUAAGCAUGUUCCAAAUUUUCCUGUCCUAAAAACAAAAGCAUUAAAGUCACUCACUGUUGAAGACAAAAGACCAUAACUUUUCUUUAGGAGACAUCAAUAGAUACAUUUAGAAUGAGGUAACACAUCAAAAACUAGAUCAGAAAUCAGAAGACAACCCCACUGAUAAAAAUUCAAUUCCUCUGUAGCUGAUCAGUAGAAGGUCCUUUCCAAUAACGACCACUGAAUGUAGCAGGCUUUUAAAGUACACCUCACUGUCAUUGUAGAAGUGUAGCUUUCUCAAGUAGGCGAGAUGAACCAACUCUCCUUCUAUCAAGCUAUAAUUGAAUGAGGAUGAUAAUACCUGACCUAUAAAUGACUUCUUUUUUUAUAUUGCCUGUGCAAAUCAGGUGACUACAAACUAGCUAUUUAUUACCUUAUUUCAGGAUCAUGAUGAUCUGAAGUAUUUCACGACUUGUCCGUCCCUUUUCCAUGUGACUCAGAAUCAGAUUCUGCCCUCUGCUUGGCCAGGCGCAUUCCCACACCGAACAGGUAGACUAAACAGGAGGACAUGAGGACUUAGGCGCAUGUGGUCAUCACAUAUGUUCCUUGCUUUGGUUAACUGGACCCUUUGCUAUACUUGAUUGCUUAUUUAACUGAGAAUCUGAUAAUCCCCCCAGAGUGCUGGUGUUGCCAAGUGCAAGGAGAAAUACUGAUGGUCAUAAACUUUGCACAGGCUGAUGCACUCUAAUAGUGCUAUUUGGCACCAUUAAACCUUCUUGUUUCAUUGUCCAUUCACUUCAUCAGCCUUUAGGCCUUUAGUGAGCAUCACUGUAUGCAGUUCUUGGUGAUACAUAGCCCUCAUUUCUAGAAGGGCUCUGAGGUUUGGGUAAUAAUCCAGUGCUGUCAUCCUAUAAUCUUUUCUGGGAAAAAGAUGCAUCUACAUAACCUCAUAGCCUUUAAUUUCUUGGGAUGCCAAAUUCAGUACUGUGGAUUCCAGGUUUUUUUCCUACCACACCCGCAACCUCCAAGUUAAAAAAAAAAAAUUAAGGUGAAUAUAAGACUUUCAAAGAAAGGCAUCUACUUCUUAUUCUAGUGACCAGGAGUACAUAGAAUGUCAUGGCGGAACAAAGAAGUUGUUCCAGUUGGCUCUUGAAACUUGAAAAAGUCUCGCCGUUUCAGCUGAAUUGGAUACUCAGUUUAGGUUUUAAAAAACUGAUCGAUUCAACAAGACAUGAUUGAUUGCUCAGGCAAAGUAAUUGCUUCUGAGACAACUGUUUGGUAUAAUUAUUCAUGUACUAUCUCUGGUAUCUGUGUAGCAAUAAUCUUUACUGUCCUAUUUUGUUUAAUUGUGUAUAUAUUCUCUAGAAAGGAGGUUGAUUAAACUUUGAAGUAGCUUGUAUCUAUUGUAUGAACUCUAUUAAUAUGCAUAAUUAUGCCUGGAAGAGAACUAUAAGUCAUUAUAAAAUUUAUGGUUAGAACAGGUGAUCUAUAUAUUUUUUUCUCGUUAACUUUCUUUUAGCUGUGUUUUUAGAGCUGUUCUGGAGUACACGUUUUGGUUAAUAAUCCAUGACAGAGCUAAAAUCAGGAAGGGAUAGUCCCACAGGACCUGAGCUGAAUCUUGCUGGGAAAAGCUCAAGAUUGGGAAAUAGAACUUUGGAGACAUAGGUCAAAGGAGGAUAUGAAAUAUUUGCCCCACAACCCCAUACAUGACUAACCUUUAUUUUGGAGAGGAAAGGUUUCUCAGGCUCACUGAAAUAGCAUUAGAUUAGAACAAACCUGCCUUCAGUGGUUUAUAAACUCAGAAAUGUAACAGAAUAAAGGCUUAGGAUCAGACAUUGUGUUCAGUCCGAACUCUGCCACUUAAGAACUUUGGGACUUCAGGCAUGCUUUGUAUUAUCUGUUAGCCUCAAUUUCUUCAAACUCUACAAAGGGUAAUGAUAAUAUCUAUAUUCUGGCAUUGUUACUAAGAAGAAAUGAGGUAAUGUCUGAAAGUGUUUAACACAGUCACUGGCACAUAGAAGAUAUUAAUAAGCGUUGGUUUCCUUCUUGUUCAGCAAAAGCUUAAGGAGAAAGCUGGUGGGGAUGUUUAUGGAUUUCAUUACUUGAGUAGCAUUUGCCAAACUUAUUUACUUCAUUGUUGCUAAGUAAUUAAAACAAAAAGACACAUAUCUAAAUAUCCAGAUACAUAUUCUGUAAUUAAGGGACCACUCAUUUUUUGUAGCACAUUUGGAGUCUUACUUUGCCUCUGCCCCUCUGAACAUUUUACAAUUUUAAGAUAUGUUUAUAAGCUCAUUGGGGAGCCUUCUAACUGAAAUGGGGCUUCUUUACCUCCAUUUGUGUACUGAGUUCAGAAUAUCUGAGAACUCCCUGAAGUGUUACGCAAAGUGGUUUAUGUUUGUGAGUGUAUGUGUUUUCUUGGGAAGAGGGGCCAUGGCUUUCAUCGUUUCCAAAAGAGAUACGGGACUCUAAAAGUUUAAUAUUGACUCUAAUGAUAACCUUCUGUUUGCAUUUUUUGGUCCAAGAAUAUACAUAUUGCUAUUGAUAUCUGUUGGGAGAUUUAUUGUUAUAUGUUUUAUACUAAUGGAAACUGGGUCUUUAUGAACCUCAAGCUCACAGAAACUCCUUAGCACACUCAGGAAUGAGAAACUAAGGCACGAUUUGCCAUGACACUGUGGAAGACCCAAACCAGGGAUGGACAACUAAUUCUGCUGUUCACCUUACAUAUAAUUUCUAAAAUAUGUGCCUAUAAUGACAUAAUAAUAAUGCUAUGUUUUUAUACUAUGUGUGAAAGAUAUUAGAGUUUUUUUUUUUUUUUUUUUUUUUUAAGCACUAAAAGGAUGUGAUGUCAAAAUGAUCAUUUCAUGAAUCGUGGUGUGUGGAAUAUACCUUAAAGCAUGAGCCUCAGUUUUUUUGGGAUUGAUUGGUUGAUUGUUUAAUUUUAACAGACUGCCGGGCGCCUGGGUGGCUCAGUUGGUUAAGCGACUGCCUUCGGCUCAGGUCAUGAUCCUGGAGUCCCGGGAUCGAGUCCCACAUUGGGCUCCCUGCUCGGCAGGGAGUCUGCUUCUCCCUCUGACCCUCCUCCCUCUCAUGCUCUCUGUCUCUCAUUCUCUCUGUCUCAAAUAAAUUAAAAAAAAAAAAAAAAAAAAUCUUUAAAAAAAAAAAAGAAUAUGAAAAAAAAAAAAAAAAAAUUUUAACAGACUGCCAUUGCCAAACAGAUUAGCUCCACUUGUCCUUCAUCCCCUCGAUGGGAGUGGAGGGGGGGUGUAGAUAAUCUAUGGAAGAUUCAGAUGGGUUAGAAAACCCACAGCAAGAAGUCUUUUGCUGUGAAGUGUCCCAGUUACAGCUGGGAAAAUUAGGAAUAACACGUACUUCCAAAUAUUUGGACACUGGCCAGUUUGAGAAAAUCUUUAAUAUAGAUAUUUAGCAAAUUCUUAGUUUGUCAUUGAACUGAUCCAUCAUGUACAUAGCUUGAAAUUAUCAAGACUUGUGAGUUGGACAUAAGAUUGUAUUUGCCUUGAUUAGACUUGUCAGCCUUACUGGACAUCUCCUGAAAAAUCCCUUUUGUACCUGGGAUUGUUUAUGUCUAUUGUAUUUGAAACAUUGUUAAUAAUAUAGUCAGUCCUGGUACCUCUGCAAAGUCAGUUUUAGUGGUUACCUGGUUACUUUUGUUCUGAGCACAAUUCAGAUGUCUGGUGGAAUUCUUUUCAUCUAUUGUGCAUUUUUUAUGGUUUCUGUAAACUUGCCCUCAAACUUCAUUCACUCACUUUAUUUAUCCGGCGUAUAAGUAUUGAACAACUAUUAUGGCCUAGGAUACUGUUCUGUGUUCCAAGUAUUAGUUCAUUGCUUUUAAGAGUACAUAUCUAGGGGCACCUGGGUGGCUCAGUCGUUGGGCGUCUGCCUUCGGCUCAGGUCAUGAUCCCAGGGCCCUGGGAUUGAGCCCCACAUCGGGCUCUCUGCUCAGUGGGAAGCCUGCUUCUCCCUCUCCCACUCCUCCUGCUUGUGUUCCCUCUCUUGCUGUGUCUCUCUCUGUCAAAUAAAUAAAAUCUUUUAAAAAAAAAAAGUACACAUCUGGACAUUGUUUUAGAAUUAUUAGCUGUAUUUUGUAUAGAGGAAGAGGUGAGAGAGAACAAGUAAAUUCAGUAAUUUUGUCAGUGUUCAAGCAUCAAAAAUGAUGAAUAUCAAAUAGAAAUACAAGUCUGGGCAUUCUAUUUCCUGACCACAUGAUCCCCCACAGUUUCACAUCUAAUGUGCAUUAUAAAGUGUGUGUAGUAGAAUUGCUGUUUUUCUAAAACCAUCUUUAGGAGAUUUUUCGAAGGAUUUUGAAUUUUUAGGGGAUAUUUCAUUUUGGCUGGAAAUUUGGUGUCUCCAUUGAAACUUGUUCUCAUUCAUCAUUUAGAAUGUCAAAGAAUGUAAAAGUGAAAAAGCCAAUUUUGUCUUAAUUCUGCAUGUCCAUUAUAUUUUAUUUUCAAUUUUUACCUAGUAAGACUCACUUCACUUGCUUCUUAUGAACUGAGCCCAAUAAUCAUAUCCUUUUCAACUAGGUGUGUUAACUAAAUUAUGUAUCCUUGAACAAAGUAACAUAAGCUUUAUGGCUCUCAGUCUACUUCUUGACAGUUUUUAAAUUUUAAGAGUAAUUUUUUACUUAAUUUUUCUGUAAGAGAAUUUCGUGGUAGUAAUCUAAUAAUAGUUUGUGUUUACUGUGUCUCUGAACUUUUCUUCCUUGUUGCUUUUAGAAAUGUAGCACAAUUUAGUAAGUAGUGAUGAGCACUAACACACACCAAAAACUUACAAACGUUUCUAAAAUGCAUCUACUAUUAGGAUUGAAUUUGAUAGGAGUGAUUUAAAUGCCUAGGGCACAAAUGCCUUGUAUCAUGGUAUCUUUUUAAAAAACAAAAACUUACUUCUGUUUAUUAUUACAAGAUUUAUCUGCCAUCAUCAUAAUUUGCAUCAUAUAUCCAGUAAAGAGAAGAAAAUGAAAUCACGUAGGGGAAAAGAAAGUAAAGAUCAACUAGGGAAAACCAUUAUUAAAAUUUUGCUAUUUGGGGGUUUAGCCUUCCAGAUAUAUGUGUGUUUUUUAAAAAAUCCUUCUUAAAAAUGUAAUGCUGUACCACAAACACCUUUUCCUGUCAUCAUACAUUUCCCCACAGCAUUGUGUUUAAUGGCUGCAUUAUAUUUUGUAAUAUAGAUAGACCUUUAUUUGUGAAAUUAGUUCUUCAUUGGAGGCUGAGUUUGUUUGCAGGUUUUGCUGUUGUAACUAACAUGGCAAUUAAUAUCAACAGAGCACAAUCCCAAUUUUGUGUUUAUAGGUCAUCUUUAUAAAAAAGCAAUAUUUACUUGUGAUUGAAGGGGUUUUUUUAAGACAAAACUGAGUGGUAUGGAAUUGGUCAAAUUCUUGCCUUUUAUACUUUCGUAUUGUUUGCACACUUUGUAAAAAUUAUUUUUCAUACUACUAACCUCAAUUAUUUUAAAGCAGUUUUAAAACAUUUAUUAGCUAUAUGGUUUAGAUGUGUUGCAUGAAUAAUCUAGUUUUUAUGGUUAUCUUAUAUUUAAGGAACUACCAAUGAUCUCAUAUUAUUUUCACGAAUAGAAUAAAGUAUAAUAGGGUCCGUUUCAGGACAGCAGGUAAACUAGGGUAUAUUCCAUUGGCAUUUUCCAUCAAUAAUAUGGGAGUAUGUUUAUGCCACUGUUUCCCUGCUGAGAUGUGAAGAAUUUCUUGGGUCUUAGGGAAGAAGAGGGACCACAAAAUUCAUAAUAACUGUGUUUAUAUUUUUAAAAUAAUCUUUUACUUCCUGUUUGUUUUCAAAAUCUAUGAGGCUUUAACUGUAUGUGUUUGUUUUUCCCUGCCCCAUGCCUCUCUAUCCCUCAUAGAAUAUCUUAAAUGCCAUUGGAAUACUUUACCCUGUCCCCUCCAAUUUGUGGGUUUGUGGGCUAGUCUAGCAGCAGGCUUUGGAGAAGUUACUUGCUACCUUAUUAUAACAUACUUAAACUCAAUAGCAAUUCAGGCCUUACUGGGUAUUUACCUAAUUUAUUGUGGCAAUGCGGUAUUUAGUGAAGUCUGUCAGUAUAGUUAAAAGAAAUUAGAGACACUAUCAUUGCUAAAUCACUUAACAAUUCAAAGAAGAAUUGUAAACAUAUGAAUCCAUUUAAUUAUAAUAGUGCCAAUUAUAAGAGAAAUUGUAACGCUGAGAACAGUGGCUUUUAUGUAAUCAUAAUAAUGGCAUGUAUUUAUCUUGGUUUGGCAAGUUAGGCCUUUCUUUAAUACUUGGCUUUGCCUAAAUAGAAUGUGGUUUGCUGAAACCCACAAUAACCCCCACACCCUCCAAUUUGUUAUUGCAGAAAAUACUGAACAAUAAUCAUGCAGUAUGAAUGAUUAAUGUAUGCAUGGGUUAGUAAGUAUCUUUGAGGUUUAAAAAGUGUUUUUAUUUACAUUCUUCUGCUGGCUGAAGGUAUAAAACAAAUAAAUACAAAUCCACAUGUGUUAAAUAUCCCCAUCCCUUUUCAUACAAGUAUUUGCAAUGUGAGUACAAUCAUAGUUUUUUCCUUAUUUUCUUUGCUUUCUGUUUUUUUUACCCAAUGCAUAUCCUUUAAUAAUAUUGUAACUAGUAUUUGGUAUGUAAUCCAUUUUUAAAUUCACCAAGUACUUGGAAUAUAGCUUCCCCAAAAUAUAAAAAUAAUCAAUUUAAUAAUAUUUGAAGAUUGGCCAAUUUAAUUUAUAUUGUCGUGUUGUAAAAUAAUACCUAUUGGAAUCACACUUAUUUGAAGAGCAUAUGUAAAAAGAUUACUCACGUUCUCUGUUUAAUAAAGAUUACGAUUAUUAUUGAGGACGAAGUGCUAUCUAGUGGUAUAAACAAAAUUACUCUGGAAUUGGAACAUUUCUAUGUUUUAAUCUCGGGGCUUUUAUUUCUUUCUCUUUCCUGCUUUCUGAAGAUAAUUUGCCGCAGUUUCACACUGCGCAUUUCUAGAAGUGGAAGGAAAUCCUACUUUCCCUAGGCAAAGAAGAGAGGAAUUUAAGUUUGAAGAGGGCUCUGAUAAAAACUUACUUUUAAACAUUCAGAUAGGUCUUUAAGACUAGCCCUUCCGUGGACACUUAGAAUUCAUUGUGAAAGCUAUGUAUUAUAGAGGACAUCAGAAAUCCAGACUUGAUUUUUUUUGUGAGACACAGCCUAAAAAGUAAAGAGAAACAGGAGAUUUUAAAAAUUAGCAUCCAGAAAGGGUUAAUAUUUUUAUUACUUGAAAUUUGAUAUAAAAUUGUGGGCGACCCAUGACAUGGUUUGGAGUACUUGAUUAUUCUUUUCUCGAUAAAUAAGUGGCAUACAGUUAAUUUCAGCACUGUGAGCAAUGCAUUCUGGGAAGUCGAAAGGCACUGUAAGAUGAGGAAAUGUUUUAGGGCCUAAUCAUGAGAAGAAAGGAGCCUUUCAUAGCCCGUAUGAUGCUGUUGUCAGAGCUAAAGGCAGAUAAUGAUUCAGUAAUAAUGGCACAUUGUGAAUAUUUAAGCUGGAAAGAUUUGGGCAAAAUGAACAGACAUUGUUGGUUUGUUAAAACUGAACAGUUGGUCUUUGGGCUUCAAAAGCACUCUGAACUCAGUACAACAUUUUUAUUCAAAAUUUUUCCUAAAACAAGAUACUUUUUUGAAAGUCAUAUCAAACACCAUCACUGUAAGAAGUUUUAAAAAAUGAUCUACUUGUUUAAUUUUCACUCUAGAAAUUGAUAGUAUGGGCUCUUUUCUCGUUACAGAGAAGUUUAAAAGUUUCACGUGUUUCUUCUUUACAUAUCUUUUCAAUUUCGUUGGCAUAAGCAACACCUUCAAAGAACACUCUCGAACAGAGCAAUGAUGUAAAAUAUUAAAUAUAAAACCAAGAGUGUCAGAUUGCAAAGAAAGUGAAGUAAUUUGCGUUUUGUUCCUAAGGUUUCCAGUACACUCUCAAGAGUCUCGCAGCUGGGGUUCUAUAUACCUUGGCUUUUCUCCUCAUUAGUAUGUUUUCAACCUGUUUGUUUUUGUUCUUGAAACAUCUGUGAAUUGCAGAUUCAUACAGCUCUAGUUUCCCAUUUUGGGGUGAAUGUUACCAGAAGCUUAAGAUUUGAGUCCUCAUAGCCUUCCUUUAACUUGGAUAGUUGAGAACUGAUCCCCAGUCCAAGAGCAGUGCAUUUUAAAACGUAACUAACUUUCAGGGUAGGUUUUUAGAGUUGGUGGCACAUCUGGUAAAAAGCUAGAUUCUGUUUUGCCAAAGUGUGGGUAAUACAGUGUUGUUAUGUUGAAAUAAUGCUUUUUGAGACUUUAAAAUCUGAUUCAAUUAGAAAAGAAAACUUUUAGAAUAAGUUUUGGGACAGAAUUCAACCUCUAUGUAUGUAAGAUACAUCGAUCUCCAGUGAGCCCUCAUUUACUGUAUACGUGCUACAAUGACAUAAAUAAUUCGCAGUCUGGUAUUUCUUUUAUAAAUAUACUUCUCAUGGGCAGUUUUACACAAAGACUGAAAUGAAACAGAUUUCUGAGGCUAUACAAAUGUUUUUUCUUGAGUAAAAAAGAUAACUUAUUAAAAAUGGCUUUAUAAUUUAAACCAAAAUAACUUUAUUUUGGGGGGGGGAGUGUUUCUUUUCUGAGAUUUUUUGAAGGGAAAAAAAUGUCGCCGUAUGUUUAUACUAACAUUCAUUUUUACCCAUAUGCUUUAAAUCUGUGUAUUUGUUUAACCAAAUAUUGUUUAUUUUUAGAACUGUUUGAUUUUUCUUUUUAACUGGAAUUUUUAACUGCAGUUUUUUUUUUAAUUAAGUUAAAUAAAAUUACACUAUUGAAAGGACAUUUUCAUGAGGCGUUUGAACCAAGAAAUAAAUCUUCUGUUACCAUUAGGUGAGACUUUGGGCAGGAAAUAGGCAGAGUCCAGAAGCAAAAAUAAAACAGAAACAAAUGUUUACCAAGAAAGUGUGAUGUGAUCCAGGCAGAUUCUUGUAUCACUUUUUAAAAAGUAGCUUUUAUGCAAGGAACCCAGUGCAGCCAUAAGCAGAAGAGUCUCUCCCCUACUUCUGUAAGGAAACACAAUUUGAAUUUUGGCCAGUUGCAAGCUUACACUUUUUUAAGUUUGUGGGAAUUGAGAAUAUAAAAUGAGAUUGUUUGCUUGGAAGCUCCAUGAAAUUUAACUUAUUUUUAGAAUGUAUGAUCAACAUUUCAAAUUGUAUUUUUAAAAAGUCUCUAUAAUCACUUUUUGACUGUUUUUUUUUAAGAUUACACAUAACGUCAGAAUUGUUGUAAUUUUUUUUUUAAUCUGAUUGUGUGUCUGAGAGUGUGGAUUUCUUAUUUGGUGGUGAGCAGUAGUUUUAUUUAAAAUGAUGGUUGUUAUCCCCCACCCUUCCUCUGUAUUUCUGUUCAUUCAUAUUUACAUUUUUUAUCAGACAACUCUGUGGUCAAAAUCAAGGGAAUCAGGGAUGCUAAACUCUAUUAACAUUUACUCUGAGGUUUUCUGAGGAUAUCAACUAAACCUUUAUCAGAGGAACCUUCCAGGAACAUUAACCUUAAAUUUUGUUAUAAAUAAUUUAAAGCCCAUAUUCAGAAACCAGCCUGUUUGAAAACUGGCCUCUCCACUUACAAAUUACCAGAUGGUUCUUGCCUAAUAUGAAGAGAAAGUCUUGAGUUGGAGUGUUAGUGGGGAGGUGGAGGGAUUUUUCCUGCUGCUAGAAUGGCAUUUUAUUUUUUGAGGUAUAAAACAGUUAAGAUUAGUUAGAUGAUGUACUUAAAAUAGGGGAAUUAUUAAAGAACUUCAAUUAGUUUAAAAAUGUUUAAAUUAGUUUAUUAUCUUGAAUUCAGCUUUUCAAUUUAAUUUUAAACAAUUUCACUUAAUAAAUGUAAGUAAAAUAGGUUUUUAGUAAAAGAAAAUAUACUUAUUCCAAUUAAAAACCUCAAAUUUAUACCAACCAAAAUCCAUUUUUCAAUAUCUGCAUCUUAUGACAUGUUCUAUGGAAAAAGGGAUUGUGUGUGUGUGUGUGUGUGUGUGUGUGAAAUACUUUUAAAAUAUAAAUGCAUAUUGUUGUCCCUCUUGAAGAGUCACAGUGCACAUUAAUAUAUUAAAAGUUCUGAGAACUUAGUUUAACCUAGCAGUUCCUAAAUUUAUCUAUCAGCAGAACCCUUUUUGCUUGUGACCCUUGUUACUCCCCCAAAACACACUUUGCGAAAUUAUGCCUUUCACCUUUUCUCUGCAUUUAAGUGAAGAAACCCAGGAUUUCAGGCCCUUUUGGUAUAAAAAUUAUCUUCCUGCUGACCCUUCUUUUCGGCAGGAGCCCUUAAAAAUGACUAUCUUCCAGCCUCCGUUUGGGUACCAAGUGCCCCCUGGAGGGGGCCUUCCAUCUCAGAAGCAAUGCUGCUGGAUUCAGGGGCCCCACCUUUGCUACUCACCCAGUCCAUUGCAAUUUACUUUAAGUACUUCAGACUGUGUCCUUGGAAGACAGAUUUGCCUGGAGCUGUUCCAAGUUGGCAACGAGAUGUUCUAAUAAAGCUCUAAGUGGUACUACUUGCUGAUCAAGAGGAGAGGGUAGGGGUGGUGACAGUAUGAUGCCACGGAGGUCAUUUCACAGGAUUCUCAAAUCCAUUUUUAAAGGUUCUCCUUUCCUUUCACCCCAUAAUUUCGAGGAUUGCAAAGAUUUGUUAAUGAAGCCCCCUUAUUGUUAUGCCUACCAAGAAAGAGACUUUUUAAAAACAUUAUUUUCAGGAUUCAUGACAUAGGAAUCCAUUAAACACUUGUGCUUUAAUUUGUCCCAUUCCUCAAAAAAUGUUUUUAUCACCUUUAUUUAUUUUUUAUUUUUAUUUUUUGGGAAAAAAAAAAAAGUCCAUGAGAAGGAAAUUGACUUGAAGAUUUUAACCUAAAACUCAGUAAAUAUUCAAUGUAAAACCAUGAUAUGAAUUUUUAGGUACUUGGUACCUUUUUAGGUGGGAAAGACAAGGAGCAACUAUAGCUGGAAAUUCUGUUUUGUUCUGUUUUUUUAUCACCAAAAAGAGGUUUGCUGUCCUCAUCUAGACUGCCUCAUCUUCAGUAUUUGCUGAAUAAGCACCAGUGAUUUUUUUUAUAUCAUAAUAUAUAUGUUUGCAUCUAUCUAAAAGAUUUUAGAUUUGUUUAUGUCCAAGGCCCUCACCAGUAUGAGAGAUGAGUUUAUGUCAGUGUUUGAGCUGUUACCAAGCUAAACAAUCUUUAAAACACACACACACACACACACACACGUACACACACGAAACCAACCAUAUAUACAACACCAACUCUAUAAUCUGCUUAUCAAGUAUACUAUACUAAUUCCAGAGGAUUUAACAGUUUAUUAGAUAAAUGACUUGCAAUUUUAGGAGACCAUAAGCAUACAUUCAAACAUUAUUAUAAAUGAAACAAGACCUUGAUAAUAAUUCGUAUAAUCUAAUUAGCAAAUGUAUCAGUUGUUAAUACUUUUAAGAUACCCAGUAAACUAAAAUGAAAUGUUGGGCUCCAGCAAACAUGUGUGACAGAAGAGAAUCCAACUCCAGCAGGAAAAAAGUAUUUGUGGCAUAUUUAAUGUGGUUCUCUAGUAGUGUCACAGGAAGAUUAGUGACCAGCUGGGGUUAUUAAACCUCAAGUUUGCCUCAUGCUAUUGACAUUAGGCAGCCACUUGGUAAAGCCUGGAGAGUAACAUGUGCCUCAACAGUUAGCACUUAGAGACUGUUUUAACAAGUCUCCAGAUAUGUAUUUACAUGAUAGACCAUACUAACACCUUUUAGUGUUAUCUGUCAAUCAAGAUUUAAUAAUGUUCCUUGAUAAAAUGUAUCUGGUGUUCAUUUCCAUUAGUUACCCUACUUAUUUUGUAUUUUUUAUGUAUUCAUUAAGAAUCCAUGGCCACCUGACCUCUUGGCAGCCUCCCGUACUCCGCACGUGAACCCUUCUUCCCAGGGAUGGGAAGGGGUCAUUUUCACCCUUGUGAAACUGAAAGUUCCAAAUAAUGGAGUCCAAAGACAGUUAAGAAGGGAUCUGCAAAGUCUUCCCCCCAAAAAAGGAAAGGCUUAAUUUAGGCAUUUGGCAACUACCCCCCUCCCAUCUUUUUAUUUUUAUUUUUGGUAAAAUGAUUUUACAUCAGACAGAUAUUAUUAAAAGAUUUUAUUUAACACUCACAUUCAUUUUGUUCUAAAAUGAAUGCUUGCUCAAGAGUCUAAGAAGGCUUCAUGGGAAGAGCAAAGCAAUCUAAGCCAUAUGUAUUGGGCAGGUUGCCAGUUGUUUGCCAAUAUGCCCAAGCCACCUGGCUGUGCAUUCAGCCAAGUAUGCCAUUCCGACCAGCCAGCUUUAACCUCCCGGCUGCUUUUCAGUGCUUAGGAAACUCCAAAGCCUGGGAGCUGCACUUCAUUUCUCCCAUGCCAAUAGUUUUCGCUCAGACAAACCGCACAGCUACACUGACCAGUAACUCACAAACGCCCAUUUUGAAUGAGCUCUCCUUUUGUUUAAAGCACCAUUCACUGGUGUUGAACCAGUGCCAUAAGAUGAGUCUGGAGAUAGCAGACUGAAACCUUUACCCAUAUGCCAUAGACAGACACUUUGAGUGACAAGCAGUAUUUAUUCUCAAGCCUGCAGUGACAGGGUUUUGUGAUUCUGGUUUGCUGAGAUUUAGGUUGACUUUAUUUGCCGCUGGUUUCAAUUUUUAUUUUGGGUUGCUUCUAACUUUUAAGUGUUUGGAAACAUUUGUUCAUUUGGUUUUCCCUUUUUUUGUUUAGUUUAGGAAUGGCUUGUGCUGUCUCAUUAUUUAUCAAGUCUGAUUUCAUCAUCUUUGGCAAUCUAGGUCGGGAAUUGUGCAGCCUUAAAAUUGUCGAUAGAAUCUUGAAGACUGAUUGGUUCUUUUCAGAAGGCAUGAUAAGAGAACGUUUUAUUCCUAAAAGGUGGUAUUCUUCGUUCCAGCAGAUCAUAAGAAGCAUACAGUAUGUUGUCCCUUUUUGCCUUGGCUUGCAAGAAACUCCGCAAUAAAUUUAAUUCUUAACCUCAGUAAAUACCUCAGCCUAGGUUUUUGCCUUCACGACUUCUCUUCUUUAACCCCUGUUGUUUCUUGUUCCUGUGUUUUUCUUUUAUGGCCUGAAAUUUGCAUGUGUUUGUAUAUGCAUGUGUGCAUUUAAUAUAUGUUUGUGAACCAUCUCAGAUCAUUUUUGGAAGGUAGGUGUGAUAACUGAGAAGUAAAUAUCAAUUCAGUGUAGAAACUUUAGUCUAUUCCUAAUUAAAAUCUUUAAAUGGACUUUUCUGGUGUAGUAAGCAGCUGUCCCAGAUUAAUUAUCACAUGUUUUAAAUAAAGGGGGUUGUGAUGAUUUAGGCCUAGAACUUUCAUUAUUAUAAAUUUCCAUGCUAGCCUUUGGACUGGCCAAUUUAUUAUUUCCCAUCAGUAUUGUGGUCUGUACAUUCUCAGCUGAUGCUGUUUCCCUCUUCCUGGCUCAAUGACCACUAUCUCUCAGAUCUUGAAGAUCUGUUUUGGCUUGGCUCCAAUUUAAUCAGUCUGAAUGGAUCCUAUUGAGUAACUUGACUCAUUCACCCUGCUGAAGAGAGUCUGAAUACACUAUUUCUGAGGGUUAAAAAAAAAACAAAAACUAUUCUAAUGUUCUUUUUGAUUAGAAUUGUCAGUCAUUUCAGGAGACACAUGUGAUCUGUGUGUGUGUGUGUGUGUGUGUGUUUGGGGAGUCCAUUUUUCAUUCCAUUAAUAAGACCCUUUCGGAUGGUACAUUUUGGCCAAAGUCCUGUGACACACUCAACAAAGCCCUGAGCAAGGUGGAGUUACACCAGCUCGCAAGAUGGAUAGACAGAGCUGGGGAAAGUGUCCCAGCGGGUUUUUGCAGUCUGUCAGAAGAACUGCAGCUGUAACCACCCAUCUGUGCAUCCUUGGCUUAGACUGGGCUUCAGUAUUGAACACUUAGCCUGUAGAAAGAUGUUCAAAAGGAAUGGAUGGUAUGCUUCAGAUAAUAAUGACCAAAAUGUGACAGGGGUAAUGUUUAAAGAGGAAAACGGUUAUAUUCCACAAACUGUACAGUUUAGCCCUUUGGCACCUCUAAAAUUCUAAAAUUUCUGCAAUAGUCAUUCCUUUGCUUAUUUUCCUGGAUCCUACUAAAAAGAAAUACUACGUUUUUGGUUUAUUUUUUCACAUGUACAUGAAGAUUUUCAGCAUAAUGUUAAAUCCAAAAGAAUCUCAAUGACCAUAUCCAUAGUGUCUUCCCUGAUUCGUGUUUUUAGCUUAUGAGUUAAGCUUUCUGUAUUAGGUAGUUGUCUUACAGAUCUUUGCUCCUGAGCAUUUAUUAUCUCUUCAUUCAUUUUGAAAUACCAGUUUUUCUUUUCACAGCACUGUGUACAACACAGUGAGCUCAAUGAUUCUGGACAAAGAAAAGGUCGUUGAUUAUUUGUAUAUUUUAAGGUUCUUUAUAAAAACCUUAAAAGAACCGUGUAAGAACCCAUUAAUAACCAAGAAUGCAAGUAUUCCUCCCCAAAUAAUAUAAAAUUUCUCCUCCUCUUUUUGAUAUAGGCAAAUCGUAUAUAUCAUUUAUAUUGUAUUUAUGUUUGAUGUAGACAGAUGAAUAGGUUUCAUCUGAAUUGUCUAAAAUAAGUUAUUAAUGAGGCCAGAGUCAAAUAAAAAGCAAACCUGGCAAGAUUCUUUGCCUUAUUGGAUAAAAAAUUUGAUAAUUCCAAUAUACAAAUCAGUCUGAAUUCAAGAGCAUAUCACUUGAAAAGUAUUCUUGGAAAAAUAAAUUGCAGUUGAUCCUUGAACAACACAGCUUUGAACUGUGCCGGUCUACUCAUAUGUGGAUUUGUUUUAUGAUAAAUCAAGUACUAUAAAUGUAUUUUUCUCUUCCUUAUGAUUUUCCUAGUAAUAUUUUCUUUCUUAUAGCUUACUUUAUUAUAGGAAUAAAGUAUAUAAAACAUAAAACAUGCAAAGUGUAACAUAUCGACUGGGUUAUCAGUAAGGCUUUGAACAGGAGGCUAUUGGUAGUUAAGUUUUGGGUGAGUCAAAGUUAUACAUGGAUUUUUGACUGCACUUGGGAGUUGGCACCUCUAACCUCCAUGUUGUUCAGGGCUCUUUCCCCAGUACAACUUCCCAAACCAUUACUCAACCAUAUAUUCUUAAGGAAAAGAAAUAUCUUUUAUAUGUACACUUAAAAAUUUGUUAUGUAUUUACAAGACAGUGAAAUUUAUAUCGCAUUUCUUAAAUAUUUUCCCAUACUCAGCGGCCCCCAAAACAUUAUUGCUGUCCUAGGCAAGAUCCAUGGGCAGCACCCAUUUUUUAAAAAAAAUUCCCUUUAUUUGAUUUCACUGAAGUAGAUGAGCUUAUCCAGCAAAAGUGGAAUGUUAAACCGACCUCAUCUCAAUGAGGAAACAUUUAUGGAUUUAUUUAUUGAGUGCCUACUAUGCUAGGUGCAAUACCCAUCCUUGUCCUAUAGAAUAUACGAUUGACUCAGGAGCCACGUGUCUUUCCUUCCUCCCCAACAUUGAUUUAUUAGCCCUUCAAUCUAAUUUCCUUGCAAAAGUCUUCAAUGUUGAAUUUUCUAUUACAAUCUAGGAUACAGGUGCAAAAACUUUAUUAAAAAUAAUUUUGGACAGGGGCCGCCUGGUUGGCACACAGUCUGUUAAGCAUCCGACUCUUGGUUUCGGCUCAGGUCAUGAUCUCAGGGUCCUGGGAUCAAGCCCCACGUGGGGCUCCGUGCUCAGCGUGGAGUUUGCUUGAGAUUCUCUCUCUCUGUCUCUCUCCCUCUGCCCCUUCCCCCUAACAUAAAUAAGUAAAUCUUUAAAAAAUCAAUAAUAAUUUUGGAUAAAAAGGAUCUGAUAAAAUUCAACAGUGAUUCCAAACCUUUCAAAACUCUUUGCUAACCAGUAACAAAAAGCAGUAUCCUUAACAUGAUAAAAUUAUCUGUCAUAUCAACAGAAGGAAUCCUACUGAAUUAUGAAACAUUGGAGGCAUCCUCACUAAAAUCAGGAACAAAACAAAGAUGACCAUUAUCAAGAUUAUCAUUUAAUGUUCUCCUAGAAGUUUUGGCAAAUAUAAUAAUAUAUGAAUCAGAAAUAAGAGGACUGUUAGAGAAGACAAACUUAUGGCUAUUUGCAAAUGAUAGAAUGAUCUACUUAGAUAAAUAAAGGGUUCAACCAAAAACAUUAUGGAAUUAAUCAGAAAAUUUAGUAGAAUAUCUGGUUAAAACAUAAAUACCCCAAAGCAGUAUAUUUUCAUUGUCUCCAAUAAGAAGCUAGGGUUGAAAAAAGAUCUUGUUCAGGAAAGGAAUAAAAAGUACAAAAUAUCUAGGAAUAACCUUAAAAUAAUUUGGCAGUGAUUUGAUGAAAAAGCCAGCUAUGAAGUUAGUGUCCUGAAUUAUGAAGAUUAAGGGAAUGGGAAAGAAUGGCACCUAAUGGGGUUACCCCUUAUGCAUCUCUCCCAUAUUGCAACCUGGAAGUUAUCUCUUACUCCUCCUUCAUCAUGCCGCAUCUCUCAUCAGCCACCAAGUUUGCCAAGUCAGCCCUCUUAUUAGCAUGCAAAUCGGUUCCCGUCUUGCCCUGCGAUUCCUUUAGUUUUAUUCCUUAUUAUGUCUAACCUACACUAUCUUUGUAGCCACCUCUCUUUGCUCCUAUUCUUUCUUUAUCAUCCAUCCCUUCCACCCAUUCAUGAUGCUACUUCCAGAGUGAUUUUUCCAAAAAAAAACAAAAAAACAAAAAAAGACCACUUCUUUACUGACAUCCCUUCAAUGGCUUCCAUCACCUGCUGUGUAAAUUUCGUGAUUCUCAGCAUUUCAUACAAGGUGCUCUAUGGUCUGGCCUCUCCUCACCCCUGUGGUGUCAUGAGUGCCACCCCACCUUUCACACUCGGAUACACUAGCCUUCAGCUCUCCCAUCCACCUGUGUUGAAAUGCUUGUGGUUUACCAAGGCUCUGUGCUCAUCAGUACCUCAGGGGGGCAAUAGCAGUGUGGUGCCAUUGCAUAUUCUAGUUCCUCUGCUGAGAAUUCUCUCCAUCCAGAUGGCUCCACAGCCUGCAAAACUCCAGGUCCUCUUGCAACACUCAGUGUAUGCAUUGUUUCAUUUGGAAAACCAUUGCAGACACCUUCUUGCAAAGUUAGAGACGGACUUUCUCUGUUCCUUAGUAUCUUUAUAUGCUUCUGUCAUUGCACUUACCACACUAUACAGUAGCCAUGAGUAGCUAGUAACCCCCAUUAGAGUGUGAAGCUCAUUGCAUAUCUAACAUCUGGCACAAUGGCUGGAACAUAAUGGGCACUCCCAUAUUAUUUGUUGAAAUGAAUAUAAAAAGAUCCCUUUCACAGACCUAUAACUCUGAAACAAAUAAUACAUUAUAUGUUAAAAAAAAAAAAAGAUAGUAGGAAGGGAAAAAUGAAGGGGGGCGGAAUCAGAGGGGGAGAUGAACCAUGGAGAGACUAUGGACUCUGAGAAACAAACUGAGCGUUCUAGAGGGGAGGGGAGUGGAGGGAUGGAUUAGCCUGGUGAUGGGUAUUAAAGAGGGCAUGUACUGCAUGGAGCACUGGGUGUUAUGCACAAACAAUGAAUCAUGGAACACUAUAUCAAAAACUAAUGAUGUAAUGUAUUGUGAUUAACAUAACAUAAUAAAAUAAAAAUUUUUAAAAAUCCCUUAACUUUGAAAUUCAUGAAGUUCUAUGUCUCUGACAUAAUUUUAUAGUUAUAUAAUUGUUUUCUGGGACAGUUGCUUUAAAAUUUCUUAGUUUUGUAACAUCUUGGAACUAAACAAUGACUGGACAUAAAAUGUAAGUACAUACAUUUUAUGUCACAGCUAAAGUUUGACAGAUAUUUAAUGUUUUUUUCAGGAAUAAAUAAUAAAGUUUUAUGAGUUAGUGUUUAUACUGUCUGUGCUAAUCAUUUCUUUAUUAGAUGCGUAGAUUAAGGUCAUUAGCUCAUUUGCUGAUAUUUAUAAACAUAUAACAAUGUUUUAUUUAAGCAAAUAAAUGACACAAAAUCAUAGAUAUGUAAAAUUUGGAUCCAUUUAAAAUACUUAUUCAGAUUCUUUUAUGCACUUUGGACUGAAUUUGGUGCUAUUACAUUUCAGAAUGGUAUAAAACAGCUCCAUCAUUAAGAAGGUUGUAUAGAAGAUAAGACUUGCUUACAUACCAGCUAAACCAAGACAAAAACCAAAAGGGUAUUGCAUCUUGAGAAGCCAAGAAUCGUCAGCCCCAUUUUAUAAAUAAGGAAACUGAGGUUCGAGGAAGUUUGGUGAUUUUACUAGCAUCACACCCAGCUGUUAAUGAUGGGCUUGAGGCUGGGACCUAGGUUUUCAGUCUCCUGAUGAAGGGCUCAAAACAGUUUAAAAUGCUAAAAAUUAAUGUAAUGAAUUGGAAACAUGUAAAGCAAGUCCACAAAGAUCAAGGAACAGAAUAGCGAUUUAUGAUUUUUCUAAUUGUUUUCCCCUAUUUUACUUAUGCAUUUACAGAAGUAAAUAUUGAGUAGGUUAUAUCUGAAUAAUACAGCAUGGCAUUUGGGCGGCUCUUUAUUUUGUAGGUAUUCCAGGAACACUAAUUAAUCUCAGUUCAAAAAUACUCCUCUGAAUGAUUGGGCUAGACCCAUUUUAACUAAGAGGGAAAUUAAGCUAUAUAUAUUAUAUAUGUACAUAUUUAUGUAAAGCAUAUUAGAGCACUAUUACAUCAACAUUUUAUUACCGUGAGUUUGGAUGACAUGCUGUAAGUGGUAAAGCCACAAGUGAGUUAUGCAGGUCAUCUCAACUAAAUGCCAAUAAAAUGUUUUUACUGUACCACAUCAUCCGGUAUUCUGCCUAUGCUACAAAUUUAAAGGGAACCAAUUUUAGAAAUUUCCAGAGUUGUAAAAGUUUUUAUUGGCACUGUAUUUCAAACUUGCUGGCCUAUAAUUAUUUGUUCCAUUAAUUGUGGCAAAAAUUAACGGACAGAUUUUUUUAAAAACACUCACGAUAGGGGUCUUUUUUUUUUUUUUUUUUUAACGUGUUUCUUUCAGAUUUAGUCCAGUUCUUCUGGUUUUAAAUAUAAAUGCUUUCUUCUCUCUUCCCUUUUUAUGUAAAUCCUUUCCUCUUUUCUAAAAGCACCUGAAGCCCCAUCUCCAAAGAGCUCUCCUGAGCUAAUGUCACCCCUAAGUUUGAUUGUUUGAUCUCAUUUUUCUAAACGCUUGCUUUCACUUACUGUUCGUAAAUUCAUUUGGAAAAAUUUUUAAUUGCUUUCUAACCACUUUUAGUUGUAGUUUAUUGUUAAAUUAUUAAUUUAUAAUUUAUCAUUAUUACACUGUUGAAUGCAUACUAUCUUCCCAAAUAGAUUCUCAGCUCUUAUAGAGUGUAUUCUAUGCUUUCAUGCUGUCCCUGGGCUCUAAGGCAGUAUUUUGUUUGUUUGUUUUUACUGUCCUUCUUUGUUUCCUCCCUUACAGUUGAAUGCCUACCAUUUUCAUGUUUAAGCUCUAUGUUGGAUACUGGAGAUGAAAGGCUGCCUAGGAAAGAAGAUAUAGACAUGAUUCUCAAACUGUUGUGUGCAUAACAAUCCCUUGGAGAGAAUUAUUAAGCAGGCAUAGUUCCAAGAUUCACACCCAGAGGUUUUGGCCAGGGACACAAAGAUCUAUACUUCUCAACAACAGGUGCUUCAGAUGCAAGCAGCCCACAGACUUGGAGAAACCCCAGUUUAUAGGCAAUGGGAGAAAGUUCCCUAAACAGAUCCUCAUAAUACUAUACUCUUAAAAAAAGUCCUGUGAUAGCAACAUGCUCCAGCUCUUGAAGGAGCCCAGUGGAGGGACAUCUGUGGGAACUGGAGAAGUCAGAGGAGUAAUGUCAUAGUUGGUGCUUAAUACUUGCUCUAUAAAUAAAUGAAUGAACAUUGGAAUUUAGAAUUAGGCUGAAGUGGUUGAAAUCGUGGGGCUUGACUUCUCAGAGCCCAAGGGAAGUGACCAUAGGUUGGUGUAUCCCCAAUGCCAUUUCCAUUAAAUUGGUUUCAGUAGUUCUUGGCAUAAUUGAUUAUUUUCUUCUGAGAAUCCAUCGGUAGAUGCACAGGGAGCUGUGAAGCCGUCUUUGAACUCUUAACUUUUUCUCAUUUUAAGCAAUGUGGACAGAAGGGAAAGAAGAGUCUGCCCUUGUUCCUAGUGCUUUGAAGGGCCAGUUUCACAGGGACCUGAUAUAAACAGGGUUUCUCAGUUUUGAACCCUAGUUCUGCAGUUUUGAAUGCUUGAUGCUGAUCCAUCCUUGCAUUAAUUCUGUGGGUACAUGUGUGCCCUCUCUGUUCUCUGUUCUCUUCUAUGAGCUGGAAUGUCUGUUCUCUUCUUCUGUCUCUACACACCUAUCAUGGUGCUUGGCCCUUUGUUAUCCCUUCACAAUACUGGCAGAUCAACAAAACGCAUCCCUCAGAGAGGCCUCUGGUACCUAGCUGCUGCCCGAGCAAUAGAGGCAGUAUCUAACCACUUUAGGUAAAAAAAAAAAAAAAAAAAACCCAAAAAAUAAAGUUUGUGCUUUUCAUGUUACCCAGAGAGCUGUCACUGUUCCCGCCUCUCUAGCUCUGCUGCUUUAAUAGUCCAAGAGCUGAUGAAUUUCCAGUUACUCAAGAAGACUGACUAUGUAUUUUGACUGCCGGUACUUCCAGAAUGAGAUUUUCACUAAAAGACAAGAAGGAAUAAUUUGUGUUACAAUAUUUGUACGUUUUUUGUUUUUAAAGAUGACCACAACGGGGUUGUUUCCUGGACAUAGAGCCGUUAACAGUGACAGCCGUCCUGGGUUUCUGCAAACCUGUGAAGGCUAUGACAUCUGUCUCUGGUUUCCCUGGCUUCGUAUUUGAGUCCCUCCCUCCCCCUGGUGGGUCCUCUCUUAAACAGAGUCAAGUCUUUAUACCCCUUAUAAGACUCCACUCACAAGAAAGAAGCUGUUCCCACUAACGGAAGUUACAACUCGUGCAAAGGAUAUGGUAGACAGGAGGACCAGUGUCUGUUGAGCGAAUGAAGGAAUAGAACAACUCCAUGACAAGCAAUUUAAAAAGGGUGAAAAAAAGCUGAUUUAUCAGCUUGUAAUUUCAUUUGUAAGAACGGAAGGGGACUGGGUCCCCCCACUCAAUUGAAGAUUGCUUUGCAGUUAUGUAGACAUUGUUUUGGGGGGGUUAGUGUCUGAUGAUGCAGAUUAUAGAUCGGGGGAAGGACGUUCCCUUAUUCAUAUGGUUGCUGAACUUCCCUUCCCUCCCUUUAGCUCCUGCCUUGGGACAGAACACUGGGGCUGCUCUUAUGUUCUAAUGCUGAUUCAGAAAACAUUAAAAACAUCCUGAAAUGGCCAGUUCAUCUGCAUCCAAUGCAGGGUAUACUUACCAUUUCAGGAAAGAUCCAUCCUUAAGAAGAAGGUGGGAAAAGGGGGCAGAGAAGUAAUUUUCUUUAGGUCAAUGUCAACAUGAGAACAGCUAUUCUGCUUAGAACUGACGGACACAGUCAUCAUUCGAGAGCAUUCUUCGGUUAAAUAGGUGUGAAGUGGAGGGAGUACUUUUGAGUGUACUGCCAAGUGGGGUCCCCAAACAUAUGGCACAAGAUAUCCUGGAACAAGGAGCUUAAAAGCUGCUGCUUUUAAGGCGGGUGUUGUAUAUGAUGUUUAUAUUCUUUCUUUGAUGUGAGUUGUCACAAUGUACUUUAUCACAUCCAAACCAUGAGUCGUGAUCCUCACCUACAAGAAUGUUAUCUAGACAAAGACAUAGAAAAGCCUAAAGUUGUAGGGCUCACAAACACCUUCACGCCAUCCCUUGGUCUACUAGUCAAACUUGGAUACCUUUUAACUGUUCCUAGAAAGGAGUUUUCUUAGAAAGGACCUAUUUCUUGUUUCUCAUCAUUCAAUUUCUUUAUUUUUGUAACUCCUUUCUUUUCCCUGUUGUUGAUUAGUUGACAGUGACUCCGUGGAUGCAUUUACUCUGUUAAUGUGUGAAGGGUACAGCCCAGGACUGUGCUUUUUAGUCUACGGGCAGUUAGUGUCCACCUCUCUCAUUAGGUCCAGCUCAAUGAGCAAUGUCAAUCACUCCUGCUUUUCAUCAGGGAGAAAACCUUAAAAAACUUAACCCUUAGAAAAAGAAAACAGGGGCGCCUGGGUGGCUCAGUUGGUUAAGCAACUGCCUUCGGCUCAGGUCAUGAUCCUGGAGUCCCGGGAUCGAGUCCCGCAUCGGGCUCCCUGCUCUGCAGGGAGUCUGCUUCUCCCUCUGACCGUCCUCCCUCUCAUUCUCUCUGUCUCAAAUAAAUAAAUAAAAAAUCUUAAAAAAAAAAGAAAAGAAAAGAAAAAGAAAACAAAAAACACAACUCUUUGAAGCCAUAGCCAGUGACUUUUUCAGGUUUGUAUCCCAGUGCCCAAGAUGUUUACUAAUUGUCGCAUCAAUGAAUUUAAUAGGCAUCUAAAAACUUUGUUUUCAACUCCAGUCUAAUAUAAGAUCGCAGAGGGCAAGGAGUUUUGUCUGGUUCACUGCUAUACCCAUAGCACCUAGAAUGCCGCAUGGUGCAUGGUGUGGUAGAUGCGCCUCUCCUCACCAUCCCCAGUGCUGAAUGAAUGAAUGAGUUGAAAGCAUUCCUUAACCCUCAAAACAGUCAAUGAUGUGGUCAUCUCUAAUCCAUAUUAUUGAGAACCUCAGACUCACAUAGCCAUGUUCUAAGUAAAAGCUUUUACAUAAUUCUACAAAAUACGUAUACUUAUUUUUAUAAUUUCUAAGUCAUUUUAUUAAACCAAAGCUAAUAAAAGAAACUUAUCUUUGUUGGGUUAUAUUAGUGAUAGCCUUAGUUAUUUUGACAAUCAACUAAUAAAUUCUUAAGUAUCUAUAGUGGGCAAAAUAUUAGAAAUGGAGUUCAGAAAAUUCACAAAAGUCUUAUGGGCAGAAUAGGUAAAAGCAACCAAAUAAAUAAGACUCAUUGUUUGAUUUUUUUUUUUUAAGUAACAAAAUCAAUAAGAGGUAAGCCAGAUCGUUUUUUUGUUAGUUAUACAAGUUUAUUUUUUUCUUUCCUCUCACUAUUUUCAAAUAUAAAUUCAAAGGGUGGAAUAUUCUGUAAGUUUCCCACAUUCUUAUUUUCAUUCCUGUGUGUGCCCCAGGAUCUUGGCUUACCAUUAUCACUUUGCUGUGCCUCAGCUUUCCCAGGUGUAAGACUGGCCUGACAGUGCUCAUCUCCUAGCCAGGGGGGUAUGAGACUUAAUUAGCAAACAGCUGGAAAACCCCUUGAGAUAGCUCUGUGAGUCAGAAUGGAAGUGCAUUGUGAUUAAUCAUUAUUAUUAUUGUUACUAUUUUUAAAUGGCUCAGAGCCAUCUCUAAAUUUAAUAGUAAAAUGAAUGCAUCUAAUAAUUCUUUCCAUGUACAUGAUCUGUGGUCAUGCAUUUCACAAAUUAAAUGGCAGAAUACUUGUAGGAUAUGAUUAUAAUGAUCCAAGUAAAUGAUCCUCAACCAAUUCAAAAUUACAUGAUUAAGACCCCAAGGAGCUAAAGCAAGCACUUCGCUUUCUUACCUUUCAGCUUCUCAAAUAACCCAUUUUGUGUAAAUUUAUGUGAAAGGGAAAAAUUAGCUUUUUGAAAUUAUCAACUUGGAACUUUUCUGUGUAAUUAGCUGGGAAUUUCGGAGUGGGUGGGUCAAAUAAAUCUAUCUGUCACACCUUGUCUAUCAUAUACGUAUAAGUUGUUUCAAAUAUGAUUGGCUUCGCUUCCUAUCAGUUGUUGAGUCGAAUUUAAUUUGUGAACUCUUGAAGUCAGAGAUCUUCAAAUACCACCUGAAAAAGAUAAUCAUAGGUUUUAUUUGUCUCCUUCUGUAUCCUUCUCUCAAGAAACGCUUUUGGGUCUGAGUUAGGUUAUGUUGCAGGUCAAUGAAGAAUUGGCUUCUACUGCAGAUUGUACGCCUUUAGCUUGAAUUAUCGCAGGCAGACAUCCUGGCUAGCUGCAAUGCAAAACUCAGAGGGCUCAUGGCCGGGAGGACCUACGCUUGGCAGCCCACUAAGUUGGAGAGGAGAAAAGAAAAGGGAAAUUCUAUCUUUUCUGGUGCGUUUCCCCUCCUGGUUUCCCCACUAAAAAUCAAUAGCAUGGUCGAUAGUUGGUUUUGAGUUGUUCGCUACAUGAUGGAGUUUUUCUGAUGUCAACCUUUGGUGUCUGGGCUUCAGACAUUAUAAUGUAUCAGGGAAGGUUUGAUAGCUGCCACAGCCCUCCUGGGUUACAUUUUAUUCCCUGUGACAGCUUUGGUAAUAUGAAGGGGGAAGUACAGAUCAAUUUUUACACCAUAUAGUUGUUGGGGGAAAUUUUUUUCUUCCAUGAAUUGAUUAUUCUUUUACAAAUUCACCAUAUUUAUGUAUUUUUCUUCUAAACAGCAGAAGCUACUAAAAUGAGGUCUUUUUGUUAAAGAAUAUUUUAAAAUACAAAGCAAUUCAAGCCUUUCUUGAAAUUGUUAAGGCCCAGUUGUGUCCUGUUUAGAAUUUCUUAGAUUCUCUUGGCAUGACUUGGAAUGAUACUUUUAAUUUUAAAUGUGUACGUUUGGGAAAACCUGGUGUCCUUUUCUUAGCAAUACUCUGGAAUGGUGAUAUUAGGAAGAAAAUGUCACAGUGUCAACUAUAGUGCUUGUGUGGUUCUAAUGCAGAUUUUGGGUUCUUUGAAACAAUAUGGUAGCCUUUAUGGAUAUUGAAUAAUUAUGGAUGAUGAAGAAUCAUUACAAAUUAUGUCUACCACAAAGUUUCAAUUUUCACUGGAGUCCUUUCUGUUAAACGUCUUGCUCUGUGGGUUAGCAAAUCAUUAAAUUUUCUCUUCUGAAAAUAAUAGUUGAAGUUGCUUACCUAUCUUCUCUCUCAUUCGAAUAUUUCUUCUUCUUCAACACCGUAACUCUUAUCAGAAUUGUUCUUGAAAAGCUUUAAGGUAACCUCUAGUCUAUUCAGUGAGUACAAGAUAAUAAAGUUGCAUUUGUAAAAUGUCUUCAAGUUUUGAAAGAUCAAUUCCUAAAUGGAAUGAAAAUGUUUCUGUAAAAUUGUGUUGAGACAGCAUUAUAGAAGUGCAAAUGCUAGGUCUUUAAAAUAUUAAAUUCAUUUAUUUGAAAUACUGUCAAAUAUUUGAACAAUAAUAUUUAAGCAAGAACACUAGAAUCAGGCCUCUUACUCUCAGACAGUGUUAGAUAUCCAUCAUGCUGUAUUAAUUGAAAGGAUUUGGUAUAAUCUCAUAAAGAAACAGGCAAACUCUGGGCUUUCCUCUCUAGUAAAAAUAUAUCAUUCAUGUCUUCCAUUACUGUGCUAUAAUUAUGGUAAGUGAAGCAGAACGGAAUCAAUAGAGCAAUUUAUCAAUGCAUUCUAAAGUAUGCUAGCACCGUUUACGUCAUCUACUGCAGAUACUGUCAUUCAAUAAAGAGACAUCUAAUAGUAUCAAGACUUAAGACUGAUCCAUUUCAGCAUAAUGUUUUCCCAUGUAAUGCUCUAGUUUUGAUCAUGGAUUAAUGAAUUGUUUCAUUUGUAUGGUAUUAUGUGAAGUAAAAUAUUUCCUGAAUUAAAUUUCACUAGAAAUUUAGAAAUUCAGUCUUCAAGUUCAAAAAGCACUGCAACAUUAUAAACAUUGGAAAUAGUGCAUGGAUUUAGCCCUUUUUAGGUGCUACUAUGAAUUAUAUCAUAGUUAGAAAUAGAAUACAAGCUGGGUGUCCCUCUUACCCCAAGAUGCAUUAAAAUUUAAAUGACAAAUAUUUGGCUAGGGAUAUUAUUUAAUGACUUCAGAUUUUUGUCUUUUGUCAUCACAAUAUUCAAAAUUAUUUAGGCUUUAUCUUCAUAAAUUUAUGAUUUAACUAUAAUAGUGGAUUCAUAGAAAGGUUGGUUUUUUUUCCCCAUAGAUUUUUUUUCAUAAAACCAUAAGCGAUAUGGCCUUUUUACCAUAAACCAUUCCCCCAUACUAAUGUGAUAUUAAAUCAUCAUGAUGCUGAAGGGGAGAUACUAAAUUGUAUAUUAAAAUGCUAUGUAUUUCAGUAUGGCAAAGAUAUUUCAGAUUAUUAGAUUAUCAUUCUCCUUUUCCAUCCGGUGGUGAAAUUAUCAUUCAAUAUCAUUUUAGUUAAUUCAGCCUUCUGUAAAACUGUAUAAUCUGGUGAUGAUGCCAGAGUUAUACCAAUGCAAAAUUAUCAUUUGUAUUUCAGAUUUGUAGCCAUCAAAAAAUGUUUUCAGGGACAGAACUUAUUUUUCAUCAAGUUACAACCACUGAAACUGAGGUGAAGUUGAAUAUAACAGCAUUCUCAGAAAACAUGUGUAACUCCUGAUUUUGGAAAAGUGCCGUCAUGUACGAGUGUCUCCUUUUUGUUUUCUUUUACGCAAGUUCUUUAGGUUGCUUUUUUUUUUUUUUUUUUUAAGGUAAUUUCCUUACCAAAGGAAGAGUCCUGCACUGCAUGACCCCUUAAGAUAGUUGCCAUGAACUCAUAAAACGUUAAGCGGGACAUAGUCUGAAGUUGUGGGAUCAUCUUCUGGAAUUAUACUCCAUGGGGCGGGAUGACAGCACUUCUCCCUUCCAUUUUGUAUCUUGCAUUUGAACGGACCUGUGGGUGUCGCGAUGUCGGUCGUGACCACGUGUUCGGCCACCGCUUUCAUUCUUGAUACUUUCCACUUUCCUGCUCACUGGUGCCCACCCAGUGUUGAUUUUUAGGAACCUGUCUGCUGAAGGGCUAAAGAGUCAGCUUUUAAGCUGCUCUAGCGCGAGGUAUCGAAGAGAAUUUGAAUGUCAUUUACCCCGGUGAAGAUGUCCUGACUUAUUUUGUUGGCAAGGCCCCCUGAGGGUGGUUCUCCCUGGCACCCCAUUGUCUAGUUUCACGGGACUCUUCCUAACCAGCGUUCCACGCACACAGCGUCCGCGAACUCUGAGGGCUCGCCAAGCAAAUCCUCAAAAUGGUUGCCAAGCUGUAAGAUGGCUGCCAAGGUCUGAGCACACCGACCAGCUCAAAAUGGUGACCAACUUCUCAGGGUCUGUGGCUCACGUUCCCCUACUGCCACCCCCCCCGCCCGCAAAUACCACCCAAAAGGGACGGAGGGGGGAAAAAAAAACAAACCCGAAGAUGCAAGACUUGGCACCAGCUCCUUGGCACGAGUGGUUAUGGUGUCAUCCAGAGAUUCAAGUAGUCACCGUGUUCUCCUUGUUCCACAUGCUUGGCGGAGGACUGUUGAGGGGAACACGUGAGGUGAAAACACCGCCGCCGAACCGCACGGCCGUUUUCUCUACCUCAUCUAAUACGCACCAGACACCUAACUGAGAGGGGGGCCUGGGGGAAGCCCAGACAAGGCAGUGCUUUCCAAGAGCUUCGUCAACGAGACCGAGGAGAGCGUUACCCGAGACUUCAGGCUGUGCCUUUUUGUACUGCUUGCCUGAAGUGGCACAAACUCUACAUACAACAGGUUUAGGAUUUAUUUUAGUUUUGCAUUUGUUUACUUAAGUUUACAGCAAUUGCUUUCUGGCAGUUGUGCUACUUAGCAGAUUGAAAUAAAAUCAUAAGGGCGAAUUAAAACAUACUGCUGUGAGUGCUGAUUAGAAUUUUAGCUUAGUGUAAAUACCGGAUGCAGGGUCCAACUUUUCAGACACUUGGCAUGAGCUCAAUAGGGAUCUCCACGCUACACAGGAGACAGUGUGUGUGUACUUGGAUGCUUUUAAAAUUCUUGGAUAGGUGGAGCAUACUACUUCUGCUGGCAUGUUAGUUCAUUGUGCUGGCUGGCUGCAUAAUGUGCUUGGGUUCCAAGGUAGAUGGAGAAGCUGGGGGAAAGGAUAAUAGAGGAAAAGAGUCUGCACUUGAAAAACAAAGCCCGGAGAAAGGGAUUUUAAUUAAUCCCCACGCAGUUUUCACUGUGUUUUGGUUGUUAGGUACAAACAACUAACGCCAGACUUAGUUGAAGAACUGUGGAGCUUGUGGCAAUUUGAAGAAUGCUCCGAAAGGGAAUGUAUUUCUGCAGCUUGUUAAAGUUUUCCUCCGUGUGACGCUUUAAAAAAUAUCCUGGUGAGUUAACUUCUCCAGGCAGGUGGUUGACUCAGUGAAUGGCUGGCAUUAAGUCUUCUGUUUCGUAUCAGCUGUGGACUGGGUUUUCCAUUCUGGUGAAACCUGAAUUCCUAACGAGGGUUUUUUAAUUGGAAGAGUAUUUUGUUUAAUUCUUAAGUAGCAAAAAGCGGGUUGUCGGGAAGGUGGUGGUUUCACGUCCGUUAGUAGAAUCAGCUAGCGAUACUAUUAUAGGAAAUAGUGUCUGUAGUUGGAGCUUUUGGAAAUCUGCAGUUUUAGGAGGGGUUCAGUCAUGGAGCCCUCAGGAGAUGAGAUGUAUACCUGGCAUACUCUACUGUAAGAGGUAGCCAAGAAAGGUCGCUUUUCAAUCCCCUUUUUACCGAUUUUUCCCUUGCCAUUUAGUCAACAGUGUUUGCAGCUAAGACUCUGGUAAGUUCAUUUCUAGUCCUUUCCCUGGUGGUAGACAGUUAUCAGCCAAGACCUGCUCAUUCAAUAGGUGAAAACAAAUGUUAUUGACAGUGCUGAAAUCUGAACUCUGCAUCCUUCAGUGUAAAAGAUCAAUGCCAUUAAGAUGCUUUCACUCUGGAGAUUUCAACAUAGAGCUCCAUAGGAUAGGCAUUUAGAGGUUAGCUGGGCAAAUGGGUGAGAUGAAAGUUGCGUAGCAGAUCCUUCGGUACAUAUUUACAGAGUACAUUGGUGAUGUUGUAUGAUAUUACAAAUGUUAAGGUAGUUUGAUUAAGAGUCUUUCUUGCUGAUUCUUAUAUAUCUUACUAUGAACUGGUGACAGGGAACUCGAGUAUUUCUUUUUAAAUUAAAAAUCAGGAGACCAGGCCUCUUUAUAGUAAAUCAAAGUACCUCUUUAAUCUUCAAGUUAGGAACAUAUAAAUAGUACUAAUUAUUACCUGUCCUUUUUUCCUAUUCUAUUACAUGUUAUUCAUUGGCAGCUUAUUUAGGUGAGUAAUAUUAUCGCAGCAAAGGUAAAAAUUAAAUCAUUUAAAUUUUUUUUUACCUUGUUCAUAGCGGAUUAUAUCUAUGAAUAUGUAAGGAAGUGAAUUGUUUCAAAUUGCCGGAAACAUGAGAUAAUUCUAAAAUUUACAGUAUAAAAUGCCAAUCAGGCAAUGUCUAGGGAGAUAGAGUAAGGGAUAUUUUUGGAAAUUCUCGAAGAAUUCAUCAGCAUUCUUGCUUACAUGCAGAGCCCAGUACUUUUUCAGUAUUUUAAACCUUUAUUUAUUUUGCCAUUGUGAGAUGCAGUCCCCAUUUUAUUUAUUUAUUUUUUUUUAAGAUUUUAUUUAUUUAUUUGACAGAGAGAGACACAGCGAGAGAGGGAACACAAGCAGGGGGAGUGGGAGAGGGGGAAGCAGGCUUCCCACUGAGCAGGGAGCCCCAUGCAGGGCUCGAUCCCAGGACCCCGGGACCAUGACCUGAGCCGAAGGCAGACGCUUAACGACUGAGCCACCCAGGCGGCCCCGUAGUCCCUAUUUUAAAUUGAAUUGUAAAAUCUUUUCUUCAGGAAAUUUAUCUGUUUGUCCUUCCAAAGUGAGUAUUUUCAUUCAAAAGAGCUGUCUGUGUUUUAUAAUUUUUGCGGCGAUGUGUUUGGCCUUGUACCCUCUUGUACGUAGUACGUGUGUAUAAUUAGGACGUGGGGUGGGUGUGUGUGCUCGUGUCUACCCGAGUACGUAUAGAGAUAGAAAUUUUACUUUCUAUAUAGUAGCUUUCUGCAUAGGGCAACCCAAACAGCUGUUAUUCCUUUUUAUAGCUUCUUUAAUCUCUGUGCCAACAAGUCAGUUUACAAAAUCUGUUUUGUUGAUCGCCGCUGUGAUAAUAAUUGUGGUGUUUUGUGGCUUGGCAAAACGCUGGGGUCUCCUCUGAGGACUCUUGCCAAAGGCUUUGAAGGGGUUGAGGUGAA